AUGUGUGAUUCCACUGGUGGCACGGUGAGUGGCCGAGAUUGUAUUGAUUUGUUUAGGGCAGUGGAGGCGUCAAUCUGCUGGACCGUCGCUUCGCCCAUGGUUUGUGUAGACACGAUGGCCGUCUCUGGGAGCCUAUCGGCCUCGGCACAGUUGAAGCUGGUCGCGGCUGACAGUACCGUGUCCAGUGACCCGACGUCGCUCAUAGACGCUUGUCAUCCGCGCAGAAGGACACGACUGGAUACUACAGCUGCUCUGGUGAGGAGGUCGAAGUCAAGGCCGACAGUGGGUCAGUAUCUGCAUGCUUAUCCAGAUGGUUACCGCCAUCCUUCUUUCUGCCACUCCUCGGGUAUCUUUGAGUCGGCCCAUGGAGAGGCAGCAAGCAGACGUGACAGAUGUAGCUCGCUACCGAUGUACAGAGCGAAUGAACUUCGCCCUCUGCGAAUCACGCAGAGGGCCGUUGUGCAAGAUGGCUGUGGCAGUCUUUACAACCUUGCGACAGCCAACUUCUGGUUCUCCAGAGGUGGCAACAUUUUCAAGCUGGUCUUCGUUCGGUCCUCUUGGGCCGGGCUGGAGGUGCGAGAGCCGGGUGUGCUGGCCCUGAUCGCUGUCUCCGGCGUCCUGUGGGUUGGCGGCUGCCUCUACCUUGCAAAGGGCGAGCUGUUGGAGAUGGCAAGAAUGAUUCAGCGCUCCAACAAGAUCUGGUACUACACCCUGGCGCAGGACUACCUUGGUUUCUGGAAUUGCGUCGACUGGCUGGCGAUCAUCAUGACGACUGUAAUUUCCAUAAGCUUUGGAGUGCUCCACAUCUUCAUCGGGGAUGUCAAUGGCAAGUUGGGAGCCAUGGUGACGGAGGUGGACGGCAAUGGCUACCCUCCACUGGAAACCUAUCGGGAGAUUGAGUCGAGUAUCACUGGGCUUUUCCACUUCAGGGCGAAGCCGUACAAUUUUCCCACUGACGUUCGCUGCGCCAUGGGGCAAGCGAUCGUCACGUACCGGUUUUACACUUACGGCCGUCAGCACUUUACGCAGACUGGGUGGAAAGCACACUCUGCAUCCUACGGACAUGGUCAAGAUCUGCAGUCCUUCAACCUGCGAGGGAAAGUGUCAGUGGUGACUGGUGCCAAUUCAGGAAUUGGACGCGAAAUCGCAGAAUUCCUGGUAGCCCGUGGAAGCAGGGUGUACAUGGUCUGCCGAAAUGCUGAGCGAGGCCAGCAGGCCAAGGAUGAAAUCGUUCAGAAGACCCGCAGUGAAGAUGUGCAUCUUUUGGUGGCAGAUUGCGGUCUUGCCUCCGAUGUGCGCCGAGUAGCGGCCGAGCUUUGCGAGAAGGAGGCCGCUGGGAUUGACUGCUUGGUUUGCAACGCGGGUGCCAUGACCCAGAAGAAGACGCUCACCGCAGAAGGGCACGAGGUCACGUUUGCUACACACCUCCUACAUGGCACGUACCUUCUGACAGAACAGUUGAGACCUGUUCUGGGCCGGAAGGAGGGUGCGCGGGUGGUGGUGGUCAGCUCUGGUGGUAUGCUGAACGUGAAGUACAAUCACAAUCUGGCCACUGGCAAGAAAGGGUCUUACGACCGCCAGAUGGCUUAUGCAUAUGCAAAGCGGGGACAGGUGCUGCUGUGCGAGCACUGGGCAAAACAGCCUGGGGAGCAAAUUGUCUUUGCAAGCUGUCACCCUGGAUGGACGGAUACUCCAGGUGUCGACCACGCCUACGGCUCCAUGAAAAAAUGGCUGGAGCCCAUGCGGACCAACUGGGAAGGCGCUGAAGGCAUCUGCUGGCUCUGCGUCGCUCCAAGGGAGCAGAUCGAAUCCGGUGCUUUCUAUCUGGACCGGAAGCCGCAGGCCAAGACCAUCGCAUCAUGGACGUCCAACACAGAGAAGGAUGUGGACGACAUGGUGGCUGCGUUCCAGUCCCUGGCCCCAGCAAGUGGCGGCAUUGUGUCCGACUUUGCGGAUGCUAUUGUGGCGAUGCUUGACGCGGAGCGCAACCUCAGACUUUGGCUCUGUAUCUACCCUGUCGUACUGCUGAUGCGGUUGUUCAAGUCUUUUGCCGCUCAGAAGCGCCUGGCCAUUGUGACGGACACCUUUAGGAUGGCCUACAACGACUUGAUGCACUUUUUCAUUGUCUUCGCAUCCGUGUACUUCUGUAUGACGGUCAAUGCCGUCAUUUUCUUCGGUCAGGACAUCUUGGACUUUGCUACUAUAGAUCGGGCACUGCAUGCGUGCUUUCGGGCCAUGCUGGGUGACUGGGACUGGGACGAGAUGGGAAAGAUCGGAAUUCACAGAGCCUUCGCAUGGUUCUUCUUCUUCAUGGUGGUGAUGGUCAUGAUUCUGAUGAAUAUGCUGGUCGCAAUUCUGAUGGAGGCCUAUGGUGUAGUCAAAGAAGAUGCCAAGCACGCGGACUCUCUGUUGGAGCAGACCAAGAAUAUCCUUCGGCGUGCACGUCAAAACAAGCGGAAAGAACGAGUGAACCUCAGUUCCAUUUGGGAUGCACUGCGCAAGGAGCACAACAACGACGAAGAUGCUUUGCUAAGCAGCGAGCGGAAGAUUACUCCGAGUCUUCUGCGGGACAUCGUGGAGGGCAUCCCUGCCUCACAAGCGCUGCGCACUUUGAAGAACUCCCAAAUCGACUACGACAAGAAGGUGGAUCCUGCCUUCGAGCUCCAGGACUUCAAGGUGGGCCUGACCAACAUGGUGACUCGCCUCGAUUACUCGGCCCUGUGUGCCACCUACCUGAGCGAAAAGAUUAGGCAAUACCAGGACCUUGCCAAAGCGGAGGGCCGCGACACGGGUGGAUUUGACAAAGCACUAACAACUCUAAAUGUCCAAGGCCUUCCUCUUGGCGAGCUGGAGGGUGCCCAGCCGACGGAUGUCGAGACAUAUGAGAACAGCGCAGAGCAGGCCCUUGAAAAAGUCAAGGCCUUGGCCCGGGACCACUCCACGGAGAUGGCUGAUGGCAUUGCCGCAAUCUUGGGGGAGGAGAUGCAGGAGCUGGAGAAAAGACAGUACAACCAGCGAAAAGCAAUCAACACCACGUGCGAGCAGCUCCAGAGACUUCGGGACAUGGUCCAUCACCUCAGUAGCACCUGUGCCGACAUCUCCAACCUCACAGCGCAGUUGGGAUCUUCCGCCGGGCCAGCAGCAGCCGUGCGAGGAGAAGCCUCUGCUCCGCGAGU